AUGGCAAAGUCCUUCGCACUCGGUUCUGCUCGACGACGACGCUCUGUGAGAUCGACAAAGGUCCAUGUUCGAUGCGAACGACACGAAAUCUUCGGUUCGACUACAAAGCUGCAAGAGAUUGUUGUCAGACCGGAGCGGAAGACCAUAGAGAAAGACGAGGACGCAUUCGUGGAUAAGACUUUCCUCCUUUCAGGAUUCUUCUUCCAUCAACGAGUAACAUGGUGUCAGGGUCCUCACUCUUGCGCUCAGCCAUCGAUUGCCUUUCUGGACGCUCGAAGAAGUUCCAGGGAGGAUGAAGUCGAUACUUGGAAUAGGUUCUGGUUUCUCAAUCACAAGAACCGGAAACGCAAGGUCUUCAAGGCAUCGUGCUGA